ACAGUGAACGUCCCCCUAGUGCCUUGGUAGUAAGCUAUGCCGCCCGUCCUACUGAAUGCAUGCAAGCAUACCCCGUACGUACCCCGAAUCGAGGGUUUAUGUAACAUAUACUGUAUUACAUAUCUAUCCCAUCUCACUCAUUCCCGCAAAAUGCUCACCCAAUUUUCUUCUGAAUCUUACCAAAACCUACCCUUUACACACACGCAAACCCACACUCCCUCAUCGAGACUGCGCACACCGUUUCACCUCACCCGCACGGUACACGCGACCAUUCAACCUAGGAUACCACGACCUAUCCACCACACCCACCGGAUUUCGCCCUCCCCCCAACUUUGGAUCAAAAAAGCCCACCCAAACCAAAACCGCCAAAAAAAUCCACAUACAACAAAAAACGCCCCAUCUCCUCCUCCCACAAAGCUAUGCCUUCCUCCCACGCUUCCACCACCACCACCACCACCACCAUCGCCGCCACACCACCCUCACACCACGCACCCCACUAUCCCGAAUGUCCCUUACAAUCCACAACCUCACUUACGCCCUCGCCCUCAUAACACUCUUCACUCUCCUCAUCUUCCUCCUCUCCCUCUCGACCUUCUACACCACACUCUUCACAAGCGCCGCUGACCAGCAAUUCCACAUGCUCUUCCACGCGAGCGUCGUCGGCGCUACGGUCUUCAUGGCGACGCUGGUAGCGGAUGAUUUAGCGGCCAAGGUGCUAGGCUUGCAUGGGGUAAGGUAUCAGAGUGGGGCGGCCGCGGAUGCGGUGUUGAUGGGGUUGUUUUGGGUGAAUGUGGGUGUUGGGGGAGGGGUUUGGGGGGUGCAGGUUGUGAAGGGGUGGGUUGAGCGGGGACUGCUGAGUUUUACUAUCGGGGUUUGAGGAUGUUGGUUCAUUAUGGCGAUUUGGAUGUUUGGGCUGUGGCGCUUUUGGGGAAUGGGGCGUGAUGUGGAGUUUGGGUAUGGAGAAAAAGAGAUGGACGUGGGCACAUGGGUGAUUGGCACUAUGCUUUCUCGUGCCCGUCUAGCUGGGAUGAUGCAUCGGAAUGAGAUGCAGAUCAGGUUCGGACGACUUUGAAAGCCAUGAAUUUGAU